CUCCUCCAAACAAGAAAACAUUACAUAAAUUUGUUCCCCUGCUCCACUCAUGUUGUUUUAGACCAGCAGUAGAGUAUUUCAGUUUUCUCUUCCUUCUUACUUCCUUGCCCUCCAGUUGGUCCUCUUCCUUCCGUCUUUAAUUUGCAUCUCAACAUAAUUUGCUGCUGACUUUGUUCAAAUUUGGAGAUGGGUGGAAACGACGCUGAUGCUGAUGAAACAAGGAGACAUUCCAAUCCCGUUGGCAAUAGUCAUGUUGUGGAAAGAGAAGAGGAAGAUGAAGAAGCAUUGUCUUUUUCUGACCUUCCCACCAAUGAAGAGAAUCAGUUCUUAGCAUCAAGAAAAGAAUCUCCAGUACCCAUCAUCAUUCAUGAUUCUCAAGAGGAAUUCAAUUUCUGCUCCUCCCUGGCCACUGAUUCUCUGUCGAAAGAAUCAGAAAUGUGUAUAGCUGAUGAAGUCUUUUUCCAGGGCCAAAUUCUUCCUCUGCGCCACUCGGUCAGUUCCGAAAGCGGCUUGAUCACCAAAUUGCAAAAUGACAGCCGGACAACGAGCAGGUGCAUUUCCAGGUCCGAGUCCAUGGAUCGCUGUUAUUCGGUUGGCUUCACGAGUCUGAGCAGUAGAAGUAGCAGUUUAAAUAGUCACCAUUCCUCGAGCAGUGGUACAACUAGUUCCACUUCCACCACGACGGGGACGGGCUCCUCGUGCAUUAAUCGCACGCCUAGACCCAAAACUCGUAACCACUUCCAAUUUUCGCACCCCAGUCCCAAACCCCAAAUUCGUUCCUCAAAUAGCAUCAAGAAUGGGAUGAAUUCCAGCCGAAAUUCGACACUGUGGAGCAUUUUCCGGGUCGGGUUGGUGACAGCUCCAGAGAUUGCAAUUCAAGACCUCAAAUUUCGAAACAACAGUAAGAACGCCGGUUUCGGCAGUCGCAAUAGCACAAGCAGUACCAUUAGCAGCGGUAGCGCCGGCAGAAUCAAAGCUGAGGAAAAGGACAAGAUCAAGAAGAGGCACAAAUUCCUCGAUAAAAACGGGGUUGUGUUCUUCAGCGGCUGCAACUGUUCGUCAAAUGCAGUGGUCGGACCAAUUCAUUCGAGGGUUGCGGAGAAUGGCAUGAGGAGAAGUGCUAGUGCAAACGAGGCCCAUGCAAAAGAAGAAGAGACGGAGAGUCUGACGAGGACGACAAGGCAGCAUGAUCAGCAACAAACAGGAAAGCAGGCCUUGUCACGUCAUCGUACGUUUGAAUGGUUAAAGCAGCUUUCGCUAGAAGCUGCUGCUGCUGCUGUAGUUGAUGAAGCAUAGAAUCAAGAAUGCUGGUCUGCCAACGCGCAUGCUUGUCUAAUUAGCCUUUUCCUUUUUUUUUUUUUUUUUGGGGUCAUUUGUUUAAGGUCAUAGGAUUUGUUUUCGAUUACAUUCCACUGCAGUAACUUUUUGUUGGGCUGGUAUUAGGUUGCUUUAGUCUGAUUUGAUUAACUUUGACUAAGUUGAUUACA